UGGGCGUGAGGGCCGGUGAGGAUGCUGGGAGCUGGAGGGGACGUGAGGCUGAUCUGGCAGAUCAACGCCAGCAUGAAGAUCCAGGCCGGGAGCGAGCACAUGGGCUGCAGCAAGGUCGGGGAGCAUCCGGACGGGCAGGUCAUCUGUGUGCAGUGUCAGGACGAGGUGCUGCGGGUUUGUGCUGCUGCCAGUCCGCGCCGAGGGACGCGCCUCUCAUCCGGAUCCGCAGAUCGGGAGCCCAGCAGUGGAAGCUACAAUGUCUCUACUGGAACCUUCUACAGCUGUGUCAGUCAAAUCACCAUAGGCUUUGACCUCGGGGGUCAAGUUGCCAUUGGGUUUUCACAUUGGAAUAGUCCUUUUCCAGAGAGCAACCAGAACCUUCCCAGUCCGGACUGCGUUCACUCGGAGGCAUCGGCCAUCCCGCCCAUCAGUGAGCAUCUGGAGCCGGUGUCCUGUCCGGCAUCCCUGUCCAUCACUCCGCUGCCGUCCUGUAGUGCCAGUCAGGAGACAAUCUGCGACAGCUGCACGAGUGUAGGUUUGUCUCUACAUGGGUCUGAGUCCCAGCAGCAGAGCCCCCACCAAAGCAGAGUCCUGCUGCAGCCCUCGGGCUUUGGCUACCAGGCAGCGGACAGACCUCUUGUCUUCCCCUCCUAUGGGACUGAUGACAUCAUGGAGGAGUCAUCAGCUGAGCCCCCAGACUCCAGCUCUCAAAGCGACAUGCCUCCACCUGUUGUGAAAGAUGGUAAAGUGUUGCUUGAGAGAGAAAGACCAGAUGACAUCAGCAGUCCCUCAAGAGAUGAAGACAGCACCCUGUUCAAGCCGGGGACCCGCACCAGCAUCCUUGAGGAAAACACAAAGAUGGACUCCAGCGUCCCAGAGGGGCAGAGCAAGUCAAGCGGCCUUUGCUUCAGCAAUGGAAAAAGCCGCAUUGAUUACAUCCUCGUGUACAGGAAAUCCAGCUCACAAUCAGAGAAGCGAGAGGUGUUUGAGCGCAACAUCCGUGCAGAAGGCCUACACAUGGAAAAGGAGGCUUCCGUGACAAACUGUGACGUGAUCUUUCUGAAGCUUCACGCACCGUGGGAGGUUCUUUGUCGCUAUGCAGAGCUCAUGAACAUAAGAAUGCCUUUUAGGAGAAAAAUUCUUUAUACGCACCGACGGCACAAGUUGAUGAGCAGGAUAGAGAAGCGUAUCAACAGGUUCAGGGUUUGGCUUCCCCGCAAGCCCAUGAAGUUCGACAGCGACACUCUGCCAGACCUGGAGGAGAACGAGAGCUUUACUGCCCCCUUCAGUCGGUCAAGGAUACAUCAUUUCAUCAUCCACAACAAAGACACAUUUUUCAACAACGCCACCAGAAGUCGCAUCGUCCACCACAUCCUCCAGCGGGUCAAAUAUGAGGAAGGCAAAAAUAAGAUGGGACUUAAUCGUCUUUUGAGCAAUAACUCUUAUGAGGCAGCCUUCCCUCUGCACGAGGGAAGCUACCACAGCAAAAACUCCAUCAGAACACACGGGGCAGAAAAUCAUCGACGCCUGCUGUACGAGUGCUGGGCAUGGUGGGGGGUUUGGUAUAAGUAUCAACCGCUGGAUCUCAUCAGGAAGUAUUUUGGGGAGAAGAUUGGUCUGUACUUCGCGUGGCUCGGCUGGUACACGGGGAUGCUUUUUCCCGCCGCGCUCGUCGGCCUCCUGGUGUUCCUGUACGGCAUCUUCACUGUGGAGCACUGCCAGGUCAGUAAUGAAAUCUGCCAGGCCACUGACAUCAUCAUGUGCCCCAUCUGUGACCAGUACUGUCCCUACCUGAGGCUAUCAGACAGCUGCAUCUAUGCCAAGGUCACCCACCUCUUUGACAACGGGGCGACGGUUUUCUUUGCUGUUUUCAUGGCUGUUUGGGCAACAGUCUUCUUGGAGUUCUGGAAAAGGCGCAGAGCCGUACUGGCGUAUGACUGGGACCUCAUCGACUGGGAGGAGGAAGAGGAUGAAAUUCGUCCUCAGUUUGAAGCCAAAUACUCCAAGAAAGAAAGGAGGAACCCCAUAUCUGGGAAGCCAGAGCCCUACCAGGCUUUCACCGACAAAUACAGUCGGCUCAUCGUGUCGACAUCGGGGAUCUUCUUUAUGAUACUUGUGGUGAUCGCCGCUGUGUUUGGCAUCGUCAUUUACCGCGUCAUCACCGUCAGUACCUUUGCCGCCUUCGGUUGGGCCCUCAUCAGGAACAACUCUCAGGUGGCAACCACGGGCACGGCUGUAUGUAUCAACUUCUGUGUCAUCAUGCUGCUCAAUGUGCUUUAUGAAAAAGUUGCCCUUCUUCUCACUAACUUAGAACAGCCAAGGACAGAGUCGGAGUGGGAAAACAGUUUUACCCUAAAAAUGUUCCUCUUUCAGUUUGUCAACCUCAACAGCUCUACUUUCUACAUCGCCUUCUUUUUGGGAAGAUUUACAGGUCGGCCCGGUGCAUAUCUACGCCUCAUCAAUCGCUGGAAACUUGAAGAAUGUCACCCCAGUGGCUGUGUCAUUGACCUCUGUAUGCAGAUGGGGAUAAUCAUGGUGCUCAAACAAACCUGGAACAACUUUGUGGAACUUGGCUGUCCGCUAAUCCAGAACUGGUGGACACGGCGGAGACUGAGGCGAGAGCACGGCCAAAGGGCCAAAGCCAGUUUCCCACAGUGGGAGAAGGACUAUAACCUAAAGCCGAUGAACGCCUACGGACUCUUUGAUGAGUAUUUGAAGAUGAUUUUGCAGUUCGGCUUCACCACCAUCUUCGUGGCGGCGUUCCCUCUGGCUCCUCUCUUAGCGCUGCUCAACAACAUCAUCGAGAUCCGGCUCGAUGCCUACAAGUUCGUCACACAGUGGCGACGACCUCUGCCGUCACAAGCAAAAGACAUAGGGAUCUGGUACGAUGUCCUGGAGGGGAUUAGUAUCCUGUCAGUCAUCACAAAUGCCUUUGUCAUCGCCGUUACCUCAGACUUCAUUCCUCGCCUUGUUUAUGCCUACACGUACGGACCAUGUGCUGGUCAAGGUCAAGCGGGGGAGGGGUGUAUGAUGGGUUAUGUAAACGCCAGUUUGUCUAUAUUCCUGGUGUCGGACUUUGAGAAGAAGUCCCAACCCAGGACCAACGGCUCCGAGCUGUUUGGAGAAGCAGUGAAGUAUUGCCGGUAUCGUGACUACAGAGAGUCUCCAGACUCGACUGAGCCAUACUCGUACACAUUACAGUUCUGGCAUGUCCUGGCCGCUCGACUUGCUUUCAUCAUUGUAUUUGAGCACAUGGUCUUUGCCAUCAAGACCCUGAUUGCUUACUUAAUCCCAGACCUUCCCAAAGACCUGCAGGACAGAAUGCGGAGGGAGAAGUACCUGAUCCAGGAGAUGAUGUAUGAAGCUGAGCUGGAGAGGCUACAGAAAGAGAAAAACGAGAAGAAGAAGAAAAAAGACCGGGCCCAGCACAAGGAAUGGCCCUGACUGAUUCUCAGCUGGUGCUGGUGCUGCUCAGUGGACACAGUGAAAGUGGGUUUCCUGCAACAUUUUUGGCCCUCACUUCUUGCUCCUGUCAUGUUCAGACCAGCGCCUCCUCAUGGACAGUUGCUGAAGUGCAUCC